CACGACCUUGCGCAGGACAAAUUUCGCUCCACGAAACUCCUUCAGAAGCCUACCGUCGCCGAUAUUUGCGCAGGCGUUUGUCCAUGAAUGCCAGUGGAAUAUUCGACCUUCGUGAAUCGGCGCCAAGAUGGCCGGCCAUGGGGUACAACCAGUGGAGGACUUUGGACGGCUUCUCGAGGAAAUGCUAGGGGCUGCGUCGGCCAUCAAGAGAACGAGUACGAUAGAGCCGCCAUUGAAUAAGUCAGACCUUGCCGAGCUAUUUGAGAGAGUUCCCUCGGUCCUCCCAGCGAGUUCGCCAGAGUCGAGGAAGCAUAUCAUCGAAACAGCUGCUCGAGACGCAUUCAACAAUCUACUGGCCACCACGGCAAUCGAUGCUCCAGAAUUUGUUAAGUUAUGGGACCUGCUAGAUAUCAUAUCCAUCCUCUCCGACGACGAAUGGACCGAACCAGGACUUCUGUUCUGGCUUGUGGAGGAGCUGCUAGAUAGUCAGACUAUUGCUGGCUGCCGCAAAAUUUUCGACUACCUGGAAUCACGGCGUGAACGAAUUACAGCCAAACACUUCUCACAGAAAAACCUGGUAAUCCUGCGAAGCUGCAAUGAGCUUCUCCGAAGAUUAUCUCGAGCUGAGGAUACUGCAUUUUGUGGACGUGUUUUUAUAUUUUUGUUCCAGAGCUUCCCCCUAGGAGACAAGAGCUCUGUAAAUCUACGAGGCGAGUACCAUGUCGAGAAUGUGACUUCGUUUGACGCUCCCCCUGCGAAGGACGUCGACCCAGAGAAGAUGGAGGUGGAUCCCGAACCCAAAGACAAAUCCAAGGCGGUAAACGGCACUUCAAAAAAAGCCGCAGAAGAUGCUAGCAAUGUUCCAAAGGGCGUUACCUUCUCAAUAGCCGAGAAGGCGUUGAGUCCGGAUGAGCUGUAUCCUAUCUUCUGGGCCUUGCAACAAAGCUUUAGCCAACCGAAAAGACUUUUCGACCAGGCCAAUUUUGCUGAAUUUAAGGCUGGGCUCGAGGCUACAAUGGCUAUGUUUGUAAAGGUGCAAGCAGAAACCAUGGGACGUCCGACCAAGACCGUGGAAGACAGUAAAAAAGGCACCAAGCGGAAGCGUGGCCAAGGGGACGACGAUCUCGCGAACGCUUUCAAUCCGAAGUACCUUACAAGUAGAGAUCUAUUUGAGCUAGAGAUCAGUGACCUUUCAUUUCGUCGGCAUACCCUGGUUCAAGCUCUGAUCAUUAUGGAUUUCUUGCUCUCUUUAAGCGCCAAGGCGAAGGAGAAGCUUGCCAAAGCAUCACUCCCCCAGAACGCCAAUAAGUCAGUAAUGUAUGCAGAUCAAACAUUGAGCGAAGAGGACGCGAAAUGGGCCCUUGACAUGAAGAAAUUCCUUGCCGACUACAUAAAGAAAGACUUCGAGGGCGCGUUUUUUCUACGUAUGGUAGAAAGUGUGAUUUCACGCGACAAGAACUGGGCUCGUUGGAAGAUCGAGAAUUGCCCUUCGUUUGCCCGAGAUUCGGUCACUUCCCAAGAGUACCUUCAAGCCAAGACGUCCGCUCGCCAAGCAACCACCAGAAAGCGAGUUCGCAUGAACAAUUGGGCAGUCCUGGACUUGAACUUCCUUUCCCAAGGUGAGACUCGGAACGGCUUAGAAAGAUUGAAAGAUCCGUCGAGAUAUCAGCUGCCUUCGUACAAGACCUAUCAAAGCAAGAUCGAGCUGGACGAUAUGGAUAUUGACAUGGCCAGAGAUGACGAGACGAAGAACGCGGCCGUCGAAGCCAAAGCCAGCAAGAGUUGGAGAGCGCUACGUAUCGCCAGUGGAACCAAGCUCUGCGCCUUUGACAAGAUUGAACGUUCCGACAAAAUCGAUGACAUAUUCCGCGACGACGCCAAAUCUGAAGAGCCAGCGACGAAUGGUGAUGAAGAAGCAGUCGCAGGUGAAGAAACCACGACUCCCAAAGAUCGCCGUCCUAUAGUUAUUUCAGGACCCAGCGGUGUUGGCAAGGGAACACUCGUCACGCUAUUGAUGGAAAGGCAUCAAAAAAUACUAGGAAAGAAGGCAUCUCAUACGACCCGGCAGCCUCGAGAGGGCGAAGUGCAUGGCCAACACUAUUUCUUCAUCACCAAGGAUGAGUACAAUGUCAUGCGUGAUGGUGAUCAAUUCAUCGAGUACAACAACUUCAAUGGCAAUGACUACGGAACUAGUAAAAAUGUGGUCGAUGGUAUCAUUGCUUCGGGCAAGAUUCCAGUGAUGGAGAUGGACAUGCAUGGUAUCCAACAACUCAAGGACAAUGGAUAUGCUGCCCGCUUUAUUUUCUUGGCCCCACCUGAGAUGGAAGAACUUCAGCGCCGUCUCCAACGAAGAGGAUCCGAUGAUGAAGAAACUAUUCAGAAAAGACUUGAAAUCGCGCAGCAGGAGCUCGAGCAGGCGAAAUCUGAGGGAUUCCACGACAAGGUUUUUAUCAAUGAUGACCUCGAAACAACCUUCAAACAGCUGGAGAGCUACAUCUUCGGCCUUGAAGAGAGCGUUGAGGGACCGUCACAGUUGGUGUUGAGUGGUGAGAAAGCAAGAUCUGCGGAGCCUACAAACGUAGAGGUAGAGAUGGUGGAUACUGGAGCUCCUGCACCGGAAGAUUCCUCUAAGGCUAGCAUUUCUGGCACAGACAAUGCGAAAGCAGCGGCCAGCGAACUAAAGACAGCUGAGGAGGCUGUUACGGCUGGAGGAGAGACGUCAUGA